AUUGGAGUGCUGCAGUAUGCAGAGACAGUGGUUCAUGAGUUCAGUCUGGGCGAACACAAGACUGCACGGGAAGUGGUGGAGGCUGCCAGAAAUAUCAGUCGCCAGGGCGGCCGGGAGACCAAGACAGCAAUGGCAGUGAAAGUGGCCUGCUCUGAGGCCUUCAGUCCAGAACGUGGUGGGCGAGAAGGAGCUACAAAAGUUAUGGUCGUUGUGACAGAUGGAGAAUCUCACGAUGGCGUGGAGCUUCGUGACGCACUUGCUGAGUGUGAGAAGCGUAACAUCAGUCGCUAUGCCAUUGCAGUUCUGGGUCAUUACAUCCGGAGACGCAAAGACACAGAGACCUUUAUAAAGGAGAUCAAAUUUAUCGCCAGUGACCCUGACGAGAAACAUUUCUUCAAUGUAAGCGAUGAGGCAGCACUAAACGAUAUCGUGGAUGCUUUGGGAGACAGGAUAUUUGGGUUAGAAGGAACAAUUCAGCAAAAUGAAAGCUCGUUUGAGCUGGAAAUGUCACAGGCAGGAUUUUCAGCCCAUGUUCUGGAGGUAAGCAAUGAGUUUGACGUCUGCUAUAGCCGUUGUAUUGGUGAUGAGAAGGAACAGGAGAUAUUCCCCAAUUCCAAACUGUUCCAGUACAGUUACAACACUUGCAUCUACUCGAAAAUAUGGAAGAUUGCCCAG